GAUUUUGGUAUCGUUUUGGGAUUUUGGCAUCGUUUUGGAAUUUCAGCAUCAUUUUGGGAUUUCGGCAUCAUUUUGGGAUUUUGGCAUCAUUUUGGGAUUUUGGCAUCAUUUUGGGAUUUUAGCAUCAUUUUAAGAUUUCGGUAUUGUUUUGGGAUUUUGGCAUCAUUUUGGGAUUUCGGCAUCGUUUUGGGAUUUCGGCAUCAUUUUGGGAUUUCGGCAUCAUUUUGGGAUUUUGGCAUCGUUUUAAAAUUUCGAUUUCGGCAUCAUUUUGGGAUUUCAGCAUCAUUUUGGGAUUUCGGCACUGGUUUGGAAUUUUGGCAUCAUUUUGGGAUUUCGGCAUCAUUUUGGGAUUUCGACAUCAUUUUGGGAUUUCAGUAUCAUUUUGGGAUUUCGGCAUCAUUUUGGGAUUUCGGCAUUAUUUUGGGAUUUCGGUAUCAUUUUGAGAUUUUGACACUAGUUUAG